AAACUUGCCUUUAGAGGAGCAGCGAGAGAGAGACAGAGAGAGAGAGAGAGAGAGAGAGGGAGGGAGGGAGAGAGGAGGGACGUUAAAAGAGAAACAUAACCACCCAAUCAAAACCUACACUCAGUUUUAUACAGUGAAACCAGUGCCUGUACGCACCAUUGAAAGUUUAUACGUUACAAUAAUUUGUCUUAGUCUACAAUUACUUUAUUUCUUUACUAGGACUUAGGCUAUAUAUACGGAAUCGGAGAAAAGGAGAAGCAUCUCAAAAGGAGAUUUACAGGAGAAACAUCUUGCCAGAGGGAUAAAAACAACGAUGGUGAUAAAAGUGUACAUAGCAUCUUCCUCUGGAUCGACUGCGAUCAAGAAGCAGCAGCAAGAUGUCAUGGGCUUCCUGGCGGCUAACAAGAUUGAAUUUGAGGAGUGUGACAUUGCUAACAAUGAGGACAACAGGAAGUGGAUGCGGGAAAAUGUCCCGGAAGACAGUCGGCCGACCACAGGGAAUCCUCUGCCCCCACAGAUUUUCAAUGAGGAGCAGUACUGCGGGAAUUACGAGGCCUUUUUUGACGCCCGGGAGGACAAUGCCGUCUAUGCGUUUUUAGGCCUGACGGCUCCCCCUGGCUCCAAGGAAGCAGAGGCCCUAGCCAGACGGGAACAGCAGUAAUCAGCAAGUGUCUUUGCCUUCCUCGAUCAUGAGCGCCAUCCACUGUCAGUCUCCAGUACUGCAUCGCAACGCCAGCGCUUUCUGGAAGAGCAUGUGCCAGAGGACAAUACCAGCUGUGCUAACUGCAGACCAAAAUGUUUUCGCAUUUUUCAGUUCAAGUAACUCAUGUUCUCAGAUUCAUUUAAUGAUUAUUUAGCAGUGCUAAAUUUUGCAUAUUAUAUGUUCUUAAUGUUCAACAAUCAACACUUUUUCAGAACUUUUCAUUUCUUACCAUAAAUUUAACUUGGUCCAAGUCGUGCUGAUGAAUUAUUGUCUUUUCCGCAAAUUUCAGCACUUUGAAUUGUAAUAAUUUCCUCCACCUUCAUACAUGCAUGCAUGGGUGUACACAGGUGUAGACACACACACACACUCUGUUGGCAGUAGCCCAUAAAAGAACUUAUUCUUGAAGGAAUAUUCCUAGCACUCAAUGUGUAACUGGCUUUAGGUUAAAACAUAGGUACUUAUGCAUUUGUCUGAGACAAGCAAUCUGUACGAGUCUUAAUACAAUCCUAUUCUUUGUCUGGUUUGCACCUUUUUGUGUAGAUAAUAAAAAAGGAAACAUGCCAAAAAUCCACUUAUGUUAAAGGCAGCAGGGAACAUAUGUAUUCUUUUAUUACAUUGUAUGCUUGUCUUAAAUAGUAAAGACCAGCCUCAAAGUUAAAUAGAGUAAUACAAAUUUUGAACAGAUUUUUAAGUUUUUAGAUGACGUUAAUAUACAAUAUUAUUAAUGGGAAACAAAACACAUAUUUAUUGGUUGUGUAAUGUUUUCCCACAUGAGUUCCUGGGAGGAAUUUGUGAAUUGAAAUGCAUAUAAAAGUAGCGCUGUUGCAAGGA